UUGGUACCGGGUCCAUAACGGGACAGAUAAUUAAUCCCGGGAUAAAAGCGGAUGAAGAAUAAAAAGUUGUUCCUUUGUGGUGUUUUGAGAGACAGAUUGUUUAUUGUGAGCGUUUGGGCUCCGUGCGCGUUAUAAGCUCGUGUUUAUAAGCACUUUGUGCUGUGUAACAGUUCCUGUUAGAGGACAAUGGAGUCUCUCCGCCAUCAGCAGCGCCUGCAGCCCGGACUGGGAUACGGAGCCACACUGAGAGCCGCACUCAGGCCCGGGGUCACCGGGACCGGGACCGGGACCAGCUCCGGGCCUCCGCCGCCUCUCCCCCCGCUACACAGCCUCAGCGCCGGCUUCAUGAGCCACACCGGGCUCGGAGCUCCAGAACCGGUCACAAACCCCGCCGUGCUGCGGGAGGCGGUGGACGCGGUGGUGCGGAGCUUCGCCAAACACACGCAGGGAUACGGCAGGGUGAACGUGGUGGAGGCUCUGCAGGAGUUCUGGCAGAUGAAGCAGUCUCGAGGAGCCGAGCUGAAGAACGGAGCGUUGGUGGUGUACGAGAUGGUUCCUUCCAACAGUCCUCCAUACGUGUGUUACGUCAGUCUCCCGGGCGGCAGCUGCUUCGGGAGCUUUCAGUUUUGUCCGACGAAAGCGGAAGCCAGACGGAGCGCAGCCAAAAUCGCCUUAAUGAACUCUGUGUUUAACGAGCAUCCGUCACGCAGGAUCACUGACGAGUUCAUCGAGAAGAGUGUGUGUGAGGCGCUGGCAUCCUUUAACGGAAACAGAGAAGAAGCAGAUAAUCCCAACACGGGCAUCGGAGCGUUCCGCUUCAUGCUGGAGUCUAACAAAGGCAAAUCCAUGCUGGAGUUCCAGGAGCUGAUGACGGUUUUCCAGCUGCUGCACUGGAACGGAAGUCUGAAGGCCAUGAGAGAGAGGCAGUGCUCUCGGCAGGAGGUGUUGGCUCAUUACUCUCACCGCGCUCUGGACGAUGACAUGAGGACGCAGAUGGCGGCGGAUUGGGUGAACCGUGAGCACAGCGUGGCGGGCAGCGUGGCGCGAGAGCUGGCGGCCACUGAGCGAGAGCUGGAAGAGGCGAGACUCGCCGGGCGAGAGUUACGCUUUUAUAAAGAAAAGAAGGACAUCUUGAUUAUGGCACUGGGGCAACUGGGCAGCUCCAACAGCACCACACUGCCCCUGACCUGCUGAAGAGAUGGAUACAGCAGUGAUGUCUACACACACAUAUACACACACACACAUACACACACAUACACACAGACACACAUACACAUACACACACACAUACACACAGACACAUACACACAGACACAUACACACAGACACAUACACACACACAGACACACAUACACACACAGACACAUACACACACACAUAUACACACAGACACAUACACACACACAGACACAUACACACACACAGACACAUACACACACACACACACAUAUGCAUACACACACAGACAUAUACACAGACACACACACACAUACACACAUAGACACAGACACACACACAGACACACGUAGACACACACAUACACAAACACACAGACACACAUAGACACACACAAACACACACACAGACACAUGUAGACACACACACAAAGACACACAUAGACACACACAAACACACAGACAACCAUACACACUGACACAUGUACACACACACAGACACACAUGCAUGUACACGCACACACAGGCACAUGUACACACACAGACACACACACUUAAACACACGCACACACAGACACACCUACACACACACACAGAUACACACUUAAACACACACACAUUAUAAACAAUGCGUAAACAUUUCCUCUUAAAAUUAAACAUGGAGCUCAGGUUGAAUCUGAGUAAAGAAACAAAACCACUUCAGUAUUUAAAGAUGCAUUUAAAGAGAAAAGUCUUCAUUAAAGUGUUUGUUGGUGCUACAUGAGUUUAAAUCAUUAAUACCAUCGUAUAGCCAUUAAAAACAUGCAAAAGUGCAAUCCAUCAUUCCCCAAAUAUCACAUCCACAUUCGUCAUAAUCACAGCAUACGUCUGUAAAAAACUACAAAGAAAAUCUUGUGAUUAUUUUUUUAAUACAGAUUAUUUGUGUUUGUUUGUGUAUAAACCUGUAUGGAUGUUAUCACGUAUUACUCACAUGACUAGAGUCAUUUUACUCUAAUCGUUUUUGUCCGGAGCUACGUUUUAUACAGCGUCACCCGAUUUUAUAUAACGACAGCCAUUUGUUUUAUACGACUGUUUUCUUAUACAAAUUAUACUAUUUGUGAUGAUUCAGUAUCCAGUUUCCUUUGUAGAUUUAUAUUCUUUAAAUAAUAAAGACAUUUUACAAUAUUGUUAUAAAA